AUGGAUCGACGAGCAAUUGACGACCUCAACGCCCUAGAGAAGAGCCGUGAUGUGCUGAAAAUAAAGAUAGGGAACUUCCGCCUUAUAAGUGACGUUCUACAGGACAAGACCUACCAGCUGCUGAAUAUUAUUCGCAAGAAAGAAGACCACUUUGGUAUCAUCACACGCGAAUACGACGAGGUCUCGAAUGACAUUAAUUCGGUUCAGGCGGUAAUCGAAAUGUACACAACCCAACUGGAAGAACUGGAUGCCGCCAUUGAGCAAUGCAAGUUGGACGGCAGUAGGGGGAACGCGAAUAAAUGCGGGGCACCAGCCAACACCAGCAACACCGUAGAGUCGAUGGCACAACGCAUGCCGCUUCACAGGUGUCGACUCAGGGCACACCUUCCAGACAACCAGUUCACCCUCGUUGAGGUGCGCCCGGGUCAGAAAAUCCGCCAUGUUCUCGAGAAGAAGCUGUCUCAUCGCGGCUACCGGAUAGAGGACCUUUCAGUGUACAGUGUUGGUUCCGGCAAUGUCGUUUUGUGGGAUGACGAUGCGGCCGGGGUGGCUCUCGUGUCAGGCGAUCUGGUUGUUGAGUUCAACGACGAGCACACCCACCGUCGCCCGAAGCACGAGUUUCAGCGUAGACGCUUCUUCGAGACCCAGCUAUGCAGUAUAUGCCAGAAGUUUGUCUUCUUUGGUGUCACUUGCAAAACCUGCGGUCUGGCGUUUCAUCAGAGAUGCGUCUCGCGACUCGAGAAGCACUAUCUUCAACCCACAGAAGAGGACAAUUUCAUUGAGAUACAGCGCUUACUGACUUGCAGUGGACAGCGCAGUUCCAACUGGCUGGCGGCGGAGAAUGCAACGGUCACGACGACGACUACACCAAUGUGCGUCUACGAUGCAUCUACUCAGCGCUCUGGAGGGGAUCGCGACAGGGGAGAGGGCUUAGUGCGCUACGGCACCCUUCUGCCACCGUCAGCUCACUUCCUCUCGCCAACCUCCCGCGAGCGCUCCUCCUCCAGUCCGAAUGUUUGCAAUCACAUCCACCAUCACCAGUCAAUCGCUAACCUAGCUCCUUGGGCGGCGAACGAUAAUCAGCAUGCGUCAAACCCUCCCAACGCAGCAAGCAGUUGUUUCCAAGGCAACAGCGGAGUUGAAUCCAGCGACCUCAAGAGCCCCCUUUCAACGAACGCCGAGAUGGAGGACCGACCCAGAUCUUCAGCAGACAAAUCCGACAGCGAGGGAAAGCACUCACUAAUGUCCACCUCCAGGCAACGCCAGAGGAAGACAACACCUGAGAAUCGAAUACAAUUGUGCCAGAUCAGAUUUACAGGGCGCCGCAAGUACAACAGUGGCCGUCUUAUGGACGCAGAUGCAUCCCCUGAAGAAAACAGUGACGAUCCGCUGUACCAACGACUCGACGAUCUCCAUCGUAGCUUUCGGAAGCUGCCUCGUUGCUCCUCGGAGCCGACUCUGCGAAGGUGCGCCGAGUUCGGAGGGGUUGUGGAGGGUGCAGAUGAUAGCGAGGAUCGGGUCGACGUGCAGCCGUCUCCUCCUCCUCCUCCUCUGCAACCUUCCGCCGUCAGCGACUGCUCCAGCAAAGGCGCCAACGUCUUCCUUUGA